AAAACGAUAGAUAGAUCCCCGUGGAAAACCUUGGCAAACUCCAUGGAAUUUAGAACCCUGUCCUCUAGAUAGAGAAUCAGCCACCCCAAGCACACGCGCGCGCCUCAAGAACCCAACAACCCAGAAGAAGAAGAAAUCGAGGCCAGAGCGCCAGAAAUUUCUCAAUUCUUGGGUGCUGCGAUCGAUCCCCUCUGCUACGUAAUCCUACUCCUCCCUACCAUCAGUGCUUAGUUUAGUCUUCGCCUCCACAGUCCACAGGUUCACAUGUGCUCUGCGCGUUAACGGCAGCAGCUAGCCAAAAUCUCCUUCCCCACCGUGGCUGGCAGUUCAUCCUCUACUCCGGGCCCCGGCUGCCGUUCCUCCUCUUCCUCCGGCCGUUUCGCCUUUUCCACCGAGCUCGCAAUCAACUCUUCUCCCCAGUUCCGCAGCUUUUCUUGCACAACCUUUCUUCCGCUGCUUCCAUCACACUCAUCAGUAACUCCUUGCUCUUCUUGACGCGCCAUUAAAACUGGAGGGGAGUUACGCCGCGCGCCGCGUUGUUACCCCAUUGAUUGAUUCCUAUCCCGUACUCGGCACAGCCGUUUCCAUCCUUUCGCCUCCUCCCACCGGGAGCUGGAAACCGUCCGCGUUACAGAGAAGAAGAAGAAGCCAUGUGCGCCACCACAGAGCAAUUGACAGGGAGAUCGGCGUGAGGAGUAAAAGGGAACAGCUAUCUCCUCGACGCCUCCCCCUCUGCGCCCCUCCGUUCCGGUAAACAGGUCCCGUCGCCAUCUUCCUCUUAAUUCCUCCUGGCCUCUCUCUCCAUCUCUCUGGUUGCCAGUUCAGGAAGACAGGAACGUUGCGGAUGCAUAAAAGCCGGCUCCUCUUGUCUCAUCUUCUCCAUCCUAGCAGCUGGUAGCCUUCUGCCUUGGCUUUGAUUCUUUCUCUCUCGUUUGGCCCAUCUGAUAGCCUUGGUGUAGGUCCGAAGUCCUCCUCACCUAAUCUUGUUUCUACCCCCGGUUGGUAGCCCGCCUGUUGCUCCAGCUGAUCUCCUACAUAAAACCUCCAGGCUUUCUUGCUGCCUUCAGAACCUGUUCUGACCAGUCCAUCUCACUGCUCUUUCCAAGCCUCCUUUUGAUCUCUCUCUCUCUCCGUGUGCUCGGAGGGUAGGAGGCAGGGGGCUUGCUUCAGGGGAGGAGGCUCUGGAUGCUGCGCCCGCGGUGAUCGAUCUCUGAGGUCAGGUGAUCAAGGUGUGUUUCGCUAAAAAAAAGGGUGUGUUUUGCAGCAUUCACUAGCUCUUCAGUUCUUGGGUGAAAGAUGGCACUUGUCUACUUGGAAAGGAGAAAUGGAUUACACGACGACAGCGUCGCUCCAGAGUUCAGUGGAAGGUCUGAAAACAACCAUAAACACCUGACCGUUGCUGCACCUGAGGUUCAGUCUGAUUUGGAUCUGGUAAACUACAGGCGGCCAUUGCAAGCAGAUGAGAAGAAAAGCAGGAGCUGCCAGUCAUGUCACAGUUCACAGUGUUCUUGUCCGGAGUUGUGCACGACGCUUCCUGCCAAGAUGAUGGUUUUGGAGUUUCUAAUAAGAAGCCUGAGGCACCCAACAAGAACCCACAAUGUGAGUGAUCUUGACGACUUGAUUAGCGACGGGACUGGCACCGGGGAUGUAACUCUUUGUCCUUCAGAGAAGAUGAUGCUGGACUCUUUACAUGCACUGGUGAAUGCGAAGACGAGACCUAAGAGCCCGUCCUUCUUCCUUCCUGGAGCUAAAAUGAGGAAGACGCGGUCACGAUCCCAUAACAUAACACAGUCAGAGAUACUGAAGCUGAUAUCACCAGAGACAUGGGAGAUGUCAUCCCCCGCAGCAUCGCCCUUGAAGAAAAGCACAGCUGAGCUUCGGGUGCACGAGAAAAUGGUGCCAUCUUACUCGGAUGCAGCAUGUAUGAUCUCAGAUCAGACUGCUCUGCCUUCACACUCAAACCCACCAUCAUCAUCUCUUAGUGCAGGUCUCCUGCAGUGCAUAUGGAAAGAUGGACUCCCUCACUUUGAACUGUCACUGGACGAUCCUAUGGCAGUGUACACUGCAAGCCUUAUCAGGUCACCGGGCAAUGACAAAGCCGUCGACUACGUUUACUUGUUCCGCUCAGGGGAGCAAGGGAAAAGGGAUUGGAUGGGGAACUCGAGCAAUGUGUCGAAACUUGUCGGCAAGAUGAAGGUCUCAAGUUCUCUACUCUUGAGCUUGGACAGUUCAACUUCUGUAGAAACUGAGUUUAUCUUGUAUGGUUCCCCUGAUGACUACCUGAGGCAGGUGCAUAGCACCUACAGUGCCACAAAAGGCAAGGGGCUAGUCAAGAGAGUGGCAGAGAUCAUGAGAUCGCCCAAUGCUUCCGCUAGUCCAAAACAUGUCUGGGCAAGGUCUGGCAAAUCUCCCCUGCAACAGUUCGACGAUUUGCGCAGCGAUAUGAUCGAAGGCGAACCUGGCAGUGCUGGGGAGUCAGGAUUGGUCAGCCUGACCGCCGAUGAUCUGCCGACCAAUCAGGAGAUAGCGGCGAUCGUGGUGAGGGAACAGCGGCGUGGACGCCGAGAAGAACCUGCAGUUGGUGGCUGGGGCCUGAAGUUCCUUGAGAAGGCUGGAAUUGCUCAUCCAGAGGAGAGUAACGACACCAGCAUUCAGAAUAAGAAUGCAAGGUGCAUAAGUGUCAUUGUUCCGCGAGGCUACCACGGUGGCGUGGCUUCAAGGAACGGUGGCCCGUCGGGGCUCGUGGAGAGGUGGAGGUUUGGUGGUAGCUGCGACUGCGGCGGAUGGGAUUACGGUUGCCCCAUCAGAGUGCUGAACAACGACGGUGGCUCUUCAUCACCACAGGACAGCAAAUCAGUAGAGUUGUCACUAACGGGCGUGAGGAGUAAGGAGCCAGUGUUGAGGCUGGUGAACGUCACAGAGGGUUUGUACAUCAUCUACUUCGACCCGAGCCUUGUCUCACCGUUGCAGUGCUUCUCGGCUGGGGUAGCUGUAGUCCACAGCCGGGCGCCCCAGCUGUACCCGAAACUGUGAAGCAUUGCCAAGAUUUGAAGAAGUUAUGUAUUCCCUCCGACCCAUAAAUCUGCGACAAGUAGUAUGGGUUGGAGGGAGUAAAAAAAUAGAUAGGUGAGGUGACAGGAAAAAUGCCCCGCUCGAGCUGCUAACUUCCAUUUAAUCUGAUGAAAUGAGGCCGGGCAGAAGGGUGGAGCUAUGGAAGAAGUCAUGUAAAAAAUGCUUUAUAGAUUGUUUAAUCUAAUUGCUGCCUAACGAUGA